UCUUGAAUUAUCUAAAUCAUUAUAUUUAUAAAAACUUCGUUAAUAUGUUUUUAUUGAAGAAAUCUGAUAGAAUAAUCCAAAAUAGCUUAAGACACUACAAUAAAAUAAUUCCAAGGAAAACUAAUCCUGGAAUACAGAGGCGAAGAAAUAUCUUAGCUCACGACCUGGAUGCUAAGGAGGAGGAAGACUUGGAUUUUGAAGGGCUAGAAUCGGAUUUCAUGAGCGUCCACCAAACGCACAGAGCACACGUCGAAGAAAUGGAAAGAAUGGAGGAACAAAAAAAAUACUUCAUAGUCAGACAAAAGUACUUCAACGAAAAGAAAAUGAAUUUUUUAACUUGGCAUGAUAAAGAGCAAAUGAAAUACCUGUAUGCUACUGAUCCUGAAAAAUGGACAAUCGAAAAACUGUCUGAAAGUUUUCCUGCAUUGCCAGAUACUGUAAUAAAAAUCGUUGAAGCGAAUUUCAAGAAGAGCGAGUCAAAAAUUGCAAACCAUGAUGCUGCAGUUCAAAGAAACUGGGAAAGUUUCAAAAAAGGAGAAUUUCCAGAUUUACCAAAGGAUCUAGUUGAGCAUCUAAACAAAUUUUCAAACAGAGCUUUGACUUUCAAGCGUUUCAUAAAACCUACAAACAAAAACGAAAUAACUGUUACGAAACAAAGCUCCCCUUCUGAUUUCUCAGAAAUAAUAACAAGCUACAAAAAAUUGAAGAACAAAAACAAAGAAAUAGAAAGUGAAGUCGAAAUAACCAUGGAGGAACCCAAAAAGUUUCUGAAAGCCAGCCAUGUAGACACCUUUCUCACAGUUCCUAAAAAUGAAAUGAAAGAUAGAAGGGACGUUACCUUAUCCCAGCUUCAGGAUAAUAUCGAGCAGAAAGCAUUGAAAGGAAGUCAACUUUCCGAGGACGAAAAACUCAUACUAAAUGACUUCAAAGAACCGAAAGAGCAGGUAGUAGCACCACUCAUGUAUCAGGAAGACUCUUUUGCACUUCAAAACAAAUACAACACAGAGAGUGGGGGAGCAAUUGCCACAAAAACUGUACGAGACUACUCUCACUUGAUUUACCCAGAAAAGAUACAAAUCCCUAGUGAUAAAGUCAAAAGGGGCUACACAUAUAGGCUGAAUGAUUGUUAUUAUGAUUAUGAUGGAGAAUUUUUGUAUAGGGUUCCUGGAAUGGGUUGAAUAAAAAUACAUAUAUUUUUUGUUUUCAUGUUUUCAAAAAUGAUCUGCAUAAGCACCUCAUUGUUGAAAGUUAAAAAUACAGUUAUUUCAACUCAAAACUACUUUCUCUGCAAGAAACUUGAAAUUUUCUGGGUCAUGUAUUUAGUUUUAUAUAUAUAUAUAUAUACAGUAUGUAUUCUGGACGUCAUUAUCCUUUUCAAUCUUGACAAUAAACAUUUGUCAAAAUCCUCUUGGAUCUUUUAACAAUAAACAUAAUUAUUAUUACUUCUGAUUUGUAAAAAAAUUGGACUUUUGGAUCAACCAGAAUGUGAUGUCUUGACUUUACCAGAGUAUGAUAAAGGCUAAAACUAAAAUAAUUUGUAUAUAUUCCUGACUUGAGUGUUUAUUUGUCAGUGUUUUUAAUCUGCAUACCAACUAGAAAUAUGGAUUGUAUGUUAAUUUGAAAUCAAAUGAUCUUAAAUUUU